AUGGCGACGACUACGGCAGUCACCGCAGUGAGCGAGGCUACGGCUGUGAUUUUGGGAGCAACUGGAGCCGUUGGAACGCCUCUUCUGGGGCAGCUGGUGAGCGACUCGUCGCCCUACACCCGCGUAGUCUCAUUCGCGCGACGCGAGCAUCCGGCACCGCCAUCCUCGAGCAAGGUCAAGUUCGAAGAGGUGGUGGUGGACUUUGAAAAGCUGUUCCAGAAGGAUGCCUCUGAACAAGCCAAGUUUGCCGGAGUCAAAGCUGAUGCCGUGUUCAUCACCAUGGGAACUACACGUGCUGCAGCCGGAUCGGGCGCCGCAUUCGAAAAGAUCGAUCGAGGCUACGUUCUUGCUGCAGCCAAAGCACUGCACGACCCCAAGCACCCGGCUACGAUGGUCUACUGCUCGAGUGGGCAGGCAAGUAGUGCAUCUCGAUUCCCCUACCUCAAAAGCAAAGGUUUGACCGAAGAAGGUCUGGCAAGCAUGUAUGCAAAGACGAUCAUCAUGCGUCCUGGAUUCCUGCAAAACGCCCAGAGAAAGGAAUCGAGGGUGUUUGAGAAACUCUCGCAGCCUUUCUUCAACCUCGGCGCAAAGAUCUCGGACAGCCUCCAGGCGGAUGUCAAGGACGUUGCUGCUGCCAUGAUCAAAGCGGCUCAACUUGGACCCGAGAAGCUAAACGACCAGGUUCUCGCCACGCCGCUCCCAAACAACUUUCGCCUCGAACCAGAGGCCGCGGGACACCAAAUCGCCAUCGUCCUCAACAACCAUAUCCUCCAACUCACCCGCCCCGCACAGUCUUCCUGA